AUGAACGAGAAGGAUAUUGCUACCUACAUCUCAAAACAAAGUAAUCUGAGAGUGUUGGGGUUGAAUAACCGUUACUUGAACGAAGUACCAUCUUUAAUUGGGAAUUUGAAACAUCUCAGGUACCUCAACAUGUCGAGCAGUAGCAUCAAUUCCUUACCGGAAUCAAUGACUUGUCUGCAAAAUCUACAGAUAUUGAAGCUGAAAGGUUGCACUGAACUUCGUGAAUUGCCCAAAGGUAUGAAAAAUUUGAGAAAUCUUAGAUGUCUUGACAUUAAUGGAUGUAAUUCUCUUGUUUGUAUGCCUGCUGGACUCGGGCAGUUAAAACACCUACAGACUUUAAGCAUCUUUAUUGUGGGUUCGGACGGUGGUCAACAAAUAGGCGAGCUGGAAGAAUUAAAUCUUAGUGGUGAGUUGACCAUCAAGGGACUCCAUAAUGUAAGAGAUUCAGAGGACGCAAGAAGUGCCAACUUAAAGAGGAAGCAGGAUCUUUGUGCUUUGAUAUUGGAUUACGGGGAUAUCAAGACUGACAACUUACUAGAUAAUGAUGAAGAAAUUCUUGAUGGUCUCCAACCUCAUCCAAAUCUAAAGAAGUUGAGCAUAUGGUCGUAUCAAGGCUUGAAGUUUCCUAAUUGGAUGCUAGAUUUGGAUCUUCAAAAUCUGAUUGAAAUCUCUCUAGUUGGAUGUAAGAGAUGUGAACAUCUUCCACCUCUCGGGAAACUACCCUCCCUCAAGGUUCUUUCUAUUGUUGCAAUGGAUGCUUUUAAGUGUUUCAACAAUGACUGCUAUGGAGAUGGGGAACAAUCAUUUCCAGCACUGGAAAAGCUCAGUUUCAGUGCAAUGCCUAGUUUGGAGGAAUGGACAACAGUUGAUAGAGGAGAAAAUUUUCCCCGUUUGCGGAAUUAUACAUCCAUCAAUGUCCCAGAUGGACUGCUUCAAAAUCACAAGGUUCUUGAGUUCCUAUGGAUUAGUGGACUACGCAAUCUCAAGACUCUGUCACAUCAGCUGGAUAAUCUUUCUGCUCUGAAAGAGUUGACAAUUAAUUGUUGUAAUUCUCUCGAGUAUUUACCAGAUGGACUCAAAAACCUCAGAUCCCUUGAGAGACUCGAGUUACGGAUUGUGACAGCCUUACAUCCUUACCGGCGACAGGGUUACAAGGCUUGUCUUCCCUGA